AUGUCAACCUCUGCCGGCCUGAGUCCGCAGUCAGAGCGGGAGAGCUAUCCAUCCUUCACCUCUACUACCCUCUCAGUCGCAGACUCGCCAACCGCCAAGCCCACGCACAGGACGACAUCGAACCACGAUACGAGCGGACAUGGCUACGAACCUAUGCCGGGCCUGCAGUCGAACACAUUACAACCGUACUCCACACUCGCUCAGCUAUCCUACGCACCAGCAACGCAGACCACCGUCGUCACGACGACCACGACUACAACAACCACGUUUCCCCCGAUGUUCCUCAACGCGCCACGCCGGCUGAGCGACCGAGACCCGAAACUAUACCCGUUGGCUUCGUCUCCGACGCCGCAGCAGCUCAAGCGUUUUCGCUUUGAGAUGGGAGGCAGGCCUACCUGGCUUCACGAAGCCGAUAAUGCCGAGCAAACUCUCCGAGAGGUUCGUCACAGUUACUCUGCUUUACAAGCUUCGAAUGGGAUGCUCCGCAGCACGCGGAACUCGGAGACGCAUUUCGAGACCCCAAGUCAUCUCUCCAAGCCGCAGCUGCCUUCAGAUGUGCCGGCUGCGAACCCACAGACACGCACGACCGUGCCGAGGAAACGUGACUCUUCGCCGGUCUCCAUUACGGAAGCUGCAGAGAUAGCGAGCAUGCAACGGCGAAGUAAAAAACCACGGCCAGCAGCAUAUACCCGGAGGGCGUCAGGAACAGAGAGCGGUCGGUCAAGCCGUCUACCAUCAUACAACAUUUCGGAAAUCCUGGACGAAACCAUUCCUGCAACUCCAGAUACCGACACCGGGAGCUCUGGGCAGCUAAAAAUUCCGAGGAUGAGGGGAGCGCCAAGGAAAACCAACGCGAAGUCGCCCUUGAGUCAAAGCAGAAGCUCGCGGAACGGAAGCUUGGAGUUGCCCGCUGCACAGCUUGUUACUCAAAAUAGCGACGGACGAAACCAGAGGUCGCACCCCUCGACUUCCGCCGGAUUCUUUGGGAGUCACAGCUUGACUAGUGACGCCCCAGCCCUAGACCACCUUAUGGACAGCUACCUCCCGGGUAUCUCUGCUACGCCACCGAUUGUCGAAUCCGACCUGGAACCCAUCCUUGCCUUUGAGCGGGACAGCGAGACACUGCAGUCUGCACGCCCCAGCCCGCUUGAUACCACUUCUGCAGCAGACGCCAGCUUACCGAGCCCUAGUUUGUCGCCGACCACGGCUGCUGCACAGCUCGCCCAACUUUCUGUCCCGGUGGUUGCUGAUAGCGAGGAUGAGGACCCGAACGAUGUGUCGAGUUUGGACAUCUCGCAUAGGCAUCUCAUCACUAGGAAUCUCAGGAACUUCCACCCGCACGCCGCCUCCCAAGCAGGUAGCAAGAUCGCGAUUCCGAGGCCAACGGAGGAGGACCUUUCUAACCCGCAGCUACCAACGCCAACGCAAAUGGAUAUACCGAACAUGCUGGACUCAUUUGAUGUCAUGCCGGACGAGCUCAAGACUUACGUGAUGUAUCAGUUUCUCCGACGGUGUGCCAAAUCGACGUUACACUUUGUCGCUGACGUCGUCAACCCGGCGCUGAAGUGCGAUUUCCUCGGCUUACUCCCGCUCGAGCUCAGUCUCAACAUUGUCGGUUAUCUCGACCUAAAGAGCAUGUGCCGAGCGGCGCAGGUAUCGAAGAAGUGGAGGCAUGUUAUCAACUCUGACGAGACAGCAUGGAAGGAUUUGUUGGAAGAAGAUGGAUACCAACUGCCAGACGGGGAACUUGAGCGUGCCGUGAGGGAGGGCUGGGGAUGGCAGUAUCCGCACGAGCCAGACUCCUGGGAGCGGGAUCUUAGCUCCUCCGUCAGUAGCAGGUUUGAUAUUCCAGAGAGUUCGCCCACCGCGUUGGUACAUGCUGGCAGUAGCGCCGGAACCGAAGCCGAUUUCUUCAUAAAUCCGUCCUCCGGAAGACCUAAGAGGAAAGCGGCCGCCAAGUUCAGCUCCAACAAGAAACAACGGAGGAAAGCGCCAUCUAUUAAUAGGACCGAAGCGCCGCGCUGGUUCUCAUCGUUAGAUUCCUCACAAGGGCCAAUCGCGCAUGCGAGUGCCGCUGCAGUCGCUGUGCCCAAUCCAGAUGUCGGAUUACCAAGCCUAAAGAGCUUGCACCUUUACAAAUCGCUGUAUCACAGACACCAUUUGAUCCGCCAGGGCUGGAUGAAGGAAAACUCGAAACCUCACCACAUAGCCUUCCGAGCACAUCAGAGGCAUGUAGUAACUUGCCUGCAGUUCGACAUGGACAAGAUACUUACGGGCAGCGAUGACACUAACAUCAACGUUUACGACACCAAAACCGGUGCCCUUCGCAAACACUUGGAAGGGCAUGAAGGUGGUGUGUGGGCUCUGCAGUAUGAGGGCGAUACCUUGGUCUCCGGUUCCACAGACCGAUCUGUGAGGGUGUGGAACAUUGAGACUGGCAAGUGCACGCAGGUUUUCCAAGGACACACUUCUACUGUCCGAUGUUUGGUCAUCCUCAAGCCUACCAAAAUCGGCGAGACGCCUGAUGGAAAGCCGAUUACUAUGCCUAAGGAGCCCCUUGUCAUUACCGGAUCGCGCGAUUCCAGCUUAAGAGUAUGGAAGCUGCCCGGUCUCAACGACCGCUCGAUCUACCAGACCGGCCCUCCUGCAAACGACUACGACAACCCGUACUUCAUCCGAGCACUUACCGGCCAUAAUCACUCUGUUCGAGCAAUCGCCGCACACGGUGACACCCUCGUCAGCGGCAGCUACGACUGCACCGUCCGCGUCUGGAAGAUCUCCACUGGAGAAACGACGUACCGCCUCCAGGGCCAUGCCCAGAAGGUAUACAGCGUGGUACUGGACCAUGCUCGCAACCGCUGCAUCAGCGGCUCAAUGGACAACUUCGUCAAGGUCUGGUCCCUCGACACCGGCGCUUGCCUCUACACCCUCGAGGGCCAUACUUCCCUCGUUGGCCUCCUAGACCUAAGCCACGAACGCCUGGUCUCAGCGGCCGCGGACUCGACGCUGCGGGUCUGGGAUCCGGAGAACGGGCAGUGCAAGAGCACGCUGAUGGCGCAUACGGGUGCGAUCACGUGCUUCCAGCAUGAUGGCCAGAAGGUCAUCUCUGGCUCAGACCGCACGCUCAAGAUGUGGAACAUCAAGACAGGGGAAUGUGUCAAGGAUCUACUGACGGAUCUGAGCGGGGUCUGGCAGGUCAAGUUCAACGAGCGGAGAUGUGUUGCGGCGGUGCAGCGGGACGCCCUGACGUACAUUGAGAUCCUGGAUUUCGGCGCGUCACGUGACGGUGUGCCUGCUGAGAAUCGCGGCCGGAGGAUUGUGGUUGACUCCAAAGGUUGCGAGGUUGAGGAACUGGACUCGGAAGUGAACGAAGUGGAAGCUGCUUGA